AUGAUUAAACAACAGCAACUUAAGGCGCAAAGCGCCCAGGUCCUUCAGACCAUUACAUACGCCAUAUAUGCAUAUAAUUCAAAGACGGCAGAACAAACGCAAAGGUUGAAAUAUGGAGAUUUGGAGAUAGUAUUGAAAAAUGACCAUUUCGAAUUCGUUUGCAAAGGUGGUGCAGUGAUAUCAAAUAUAAAAGAAAUUUUAUUUAUGAAUUCAAAAAUUAAAGGAAUAACGGAUGAUAUAACAUCAAUUCCACCAGAAGAACAGAGAUAUUACGCAUUAAAUGCAUUUCCUAAAGUUUUGAAGAUUGGAAGAUUUAAUUUAAAUGAGGAAUUCAUAGAAGGUUUCCUAAACGACAUAAUGAAGAAGGUGGAUAAGGAAUAUGUGGAUAGUGAAUUAAAUAAGAAGGCAAAUUUGGUUUAUGUUGAUGAAAAAGAUAAUGAAAUUAAAGAAAAGGUUGAAUGGUAUCAUGAAUGGACAUCGGAGACUUUUAAAGUUAAAGCUGAUACAGGAUGGGUUUCAGGAUGUUUAGACCUUAAAGCAGAUAAAACUUAUGUUGAUGAAAAAGAUAAUGAAAUUAAAGAAAAGGUUGAAUGGUAUCAUGAAUGGACAUCGGAGACUUUUAAAGUUAAAGCUGAUACAGGAUGGGUUUCAGGAUGUUUAGACCUUAAAGCAGAUAAAACUUAUGUUGAUGAAAAAGAUAAUGAAAUUAAAGAAAAGGUUGAAUGGUAUCAUGAAUGGACAUCGGAGACUUUUAAAGUUAAAGCUGAUACAGGAUGGGUUUCAGGAUGUUUAGACCUUAAAGCAGAUAAAACUUAUGUUGAUGAAAAAGAUAAUGAAAUUAAAGAAAAGGUUGAAUGGUAUCAUGAAUGGACAUCGGAGACUUUUAAAGUUAAAGCUGAUACAGGAUGGGUUUCAGGAUGUUUAGACCUUAAAGCAGAUAAAACUUAUGUUGAUGAAAAUUAUGCAAAGAAGUCGGAAGUAAAUGAUGUGAUUACAAGCAUGAAAAAUGAAAUACUUCAAACAUUAUAUCCUGUUGGCUCUAUUUAUACGUCAAUGAACUCAACAAAUCCCGCAACAGUUCUGGGUUUUGGUACGUGGAAGCAGAUUGUAGACAAAUUCUUAUACUGUGCUAGAUAUUCAAAGCAAACAGGAGGUUCGAAGAAAAUUAAAGAAGCAAACUUACCCCCACACACUCAUACAGGAACUACAAACUUUUCUGGCGACCAUAGCCACUCAUUAAGAGACCACCCAUUAUACAACUCAGAAUAUAAAGCUGGCAAUGAUGUUUUAUCUCCAUCUUAUAACAAUGGGACAACAUGA